CAGUCAGAGCCGCCGCUCACACUCACAUUCAUGUCCUUGCACUUUCUGCCGCUCUUGUCAUGGAUAUAAUUGUUCAUUUUUUUGUGAGUGUGAUGAGGCGAUAUGGACACUGUGUGAAUUUGCUCUCUAUCCAGUCCGGCUCUGUGCUCUGAAUCCUCUGCAGUCUGCAUCAGCUAAGUGUCUUGGCAUCACUUCUCGUCCUUCCUCCGGUGUCCAUUCCGGCGUCAUGUGAAAGGGACUCUCGGUGUUUUCUCUCGCCCUAGACCAGACCCUCCUCCGUCGAGCUCAUUCGGAGUGCCGACGCUCUCGUCCCCAGUCCGGUGGGGUAGUGUCCCUGUCCCCGGUUAUUCCUGCACCCUUCGGCGUGCGGCGGAGCGGAGGAUGAGCGAGCAAGGGAAGGGCUCGGCAUCCGCCUCAGCCGCGGCCCCGGCACCAGGGUCGGAUACUUACAAAGGAUGGCUUUUUAAAUGGACCAACUACUUGAAAGGGUAUCAGCGGCGAUGGUUCGUCCUCAGCAAUGGCCUGCUUUCAUAUUACAGAACGGUGGAUUUGUGUUUUAUGAGGAUGUGUGCACAGGGAACUGACAGGACUCAAGCAGAAAUGGCCCAUACAUGUCGUGGAACCAUCAACCUGGCCACAGCGCACAUUGAUACAGAGGACGCUUGCAAUAUUGUCCUGAGCAGUGGUGGACGCACUUACCAUCUGAAGGCUAGCACAGAGGUGGAGCGUCAGAGAUGGGUUACAGCUCUGGAGUUGGCCAAGGCUAAAGCUAUCCGCAUGAUGAAUGAUCAGUCAGAUGACUCCGGAGACGAGGAGCCCACAUCUCAGUCGGACCACAGUGAAAUUCAGGGCACUCUGAAGAUACUAGUGAGCAAGCUCGAUGACCUCAGCACAUGUAAUGACCUGAUUGCCAAGCAUGGAGCGGCACUGCAGCGUUCCUUGAGUGAACUCGAGGGUCUGAAAGUCCCUGUGGAGGGAGGAGAGAAGAUCAAAGCAGUCAAUGAGCGAGCCACCCUCUUCCGCAUCACUUCCAAUGCUAUGAUCAAUGCGUGUCGAGACUUCCUAGACCUAGCAGAGACUCACAGUAGGAGAUGGCAGCGUGCGCUGCAGUAUGAGCGGGAGCAGCGUACCCACCUAGAGGAAACAAUUGAGCAGCUAGCCAAGCAGCAUAACAGCCUGGAGCGAGCGUGGAGAGAAGCACCCACGCUUGUUUCCAGCCCUCCCAGUGCCCCUACCACCAACAAGGAAGGGAGUAAGAGGCCGCUGAAAGAAGAAGCAAGUGAUGAAGAUGAGGAUACUGAGUACUUUGAUGCCAUGGAGGAUUCCCCUGCAUUCAUCACAGUGACAGCCACUGAGAACACACAGCACAGGCGAUCUCAGAGUAAUUUGAGUGGAGCAAGUGGAGGUCAUCCCAAUGACUGGAAUCAGGACGACCAUGUUUCUUCAAGCUGUAACGAUGUGUCAGGGAAGGAGCUGCAGCCUCGCAGACAGCGGCGGACUCGUAUCCCAGACAAGCCCAACUACUCCCUCAAUUUAUGGAGUAUCAUGAAGAACUGCAUCGGCAAGGAGCUCUCCAAAAUCCCUAUGCCUGUAAACUUCAAUGAGCCUCUGUCAAUGCUACAGCGUCUCACAGAGGACCUGGAGUAUCAUGAACUUCUGGACAAGGCAGCACGCUGUGAAUCCUCCCUGGAGCAGAUGUGCCUGGUCGCUGCCUUCUCCGUCUCCUCCUACUCCACCACAGUCCACCGCACAGCCAAGCCCUUCAACCCACUACUGGGCGAGACCUAUGAGCUUGAUCGUCUGGAAGAGUUUGGCUACCGCUCGAUAUGUGAGCAGGUGAGCCAUCAUCCACCUGCAGCUGCACAUCAUGUGAUUUCCCAACGAGGCUGGACCCUUUGGCAGGAAAUCACAAUAGCCAGCAAGUUUCGUGGCAAAUACCUCUCCAUAAUGCCUCUGGGUGCCAUUCACCUGCAUUUCCACUCCACCGGGAACCACUACGUGUGGAGAAAGGUCACCUCCACUGUGCACAACAUCAUUGUGGGCAAGCUGUGGAUUGAUCAGUCGGGGGACAUUGAGAUUGUCAACAACAGGACCAAGGAUACCUGCCAACUCAAAUUUUCUCCCUAUAGUUAUUUCUCCAGGGAUGUUCCACGGAAGGUGACAGGUGUGGUGGCAGACAGUGGAGGGCAGGCGCAUUACAUUCUCUCUGGUACGUGGGAUGACAAGAUGGAGAGUGCCAAAAUCAUUCAGAGCAGUCGAGGAGGUAGUGGGUCAGAAGGAAAACAGAAGACUGUCUACCAGACUUUGUCCCCCAAACUGCUGUGGAAGAAGUAUCCCCUCCCGGAGAAUGCUGAAAACAUGUACUACUUCUCAGCACUGGCGCUGACCCUGAACGAACAGGAGGAAGGUGUGGGACUGACCGACAGCCGUCUGAGACCAGAUCAGAGGCUGAUGGAGGAAGGUCGGUGGGACGAAGCAAACUCAGAAAAACAGAGGCUAGAAGAAAAACAAAGAGCUGUAAGAAGGAGGAGGGAAGCAGAAGCCUCAGAUGCUCAGGAUGAAGAGUGUGAUUAUGACUCUGGUAAAGAAUAUGAAGGAUACCAGCCGCUAUGGUUUCACCAGAGACGGAACUCGAUCACUGGAGAGACAAACUUUGUGUACAAAGGAGGUUACUGGGAGACAAAGGAGAAACAGGACUGGAGCAUGUGUCCUGACAUCUUCUAACCCAGGAACUGACCUUGGAUCACACCAAACCUCAUCGGACAGGGAACUGCUCGACUUCUGCGCCUUAAGAAACGGGGCGUAGUUGGCUCACGAGCACUAUAUGGACCUUUUGUGAGCAUGGGAAUGUGUAUGUUUCACACACUCUCGAGAUACACUGUACCUCCAAAAUGUACACACUCACUCUGUUUUUUUUUUACACUGGGGAAUAAUAAGGGUCCUUCCUUUGAGCGAAACCCCUCUGACACUAACAGAAACAGCAGUGCGAUACUGUGUGGAUGAGAGCCGAUGCUGGAGUUGAAACGCCACACUAUAAAGGCACCUGCUCACUCCGAAAAUCAGGUGCUUCUUAAUGCUACCCACAAUGCACUUUUCUUUGUUCACCCCAUUAAGAGUUUUACAAAUUGGAUGCAAACUCAUAUCAACACAGUUCAUUGAUAAAGACUAACAAUUUUCGAAAGAGGUCAAAAUAUCAGACAUCAGUAUUUCAGCGGUGAAAAGAAAAUGACCUCUGUUUAAUUCAGCACAAUUAAAAGUAUGCGAGGCCCUCUUUAUGAAGCUUGUAUUAGUUUUCUUUUUCUAUGAGAAUUGUUUAAAGUGCACAUUUAUUUGUCCUUUUCCUUUUUGCUUAAGAAAGAGACUUAGAACUGAACACAGUGUCUUUUAGAUUUCGACAGUUUGAUGAGGCAAAUCAUCUGUCUCCUACACAACAACUGAUUUUAUGAACAGAUGAAAUAUGCAGCAGUGUGGAAAUCUUUUUUUAUUUGGUAUGAAUGUCUGGAUUCUGAGUCUGCCCCGUAGUCAACUAGACUAUCGUCCAAGUAGAGAUAAUACAGCUGCUUAUUUAGUUCAUAUUUUGGAUAUGAAUUGCCUCUGUGCUUCAAUGCAUUGCACUCAUCUGAACAUGGUUUAGACAUCCACCAUUUGUGGUUUUGAUUAGAAAGUUUCUAGAAUAGACAGUCCUUCUGUUGUAACACAUUAGUACAGUUGCUACAGUACAUGAAACUUAAAAACAUCCAUAUCGCUCUAAUAGGAACCUUCAUCAAGCAACUGAAUUAGCACUUUUCACUGUGGUUGACGAUAGGUUAGUACAUAUCUCUGUGUUGAUGUUGAGAAAAUUUUCACUCUGUACAUGUACUUUACCUUGUCUUCUGGUGCUCUCCCAUAGCAAAACGUAAAGUAUCCUUGGUGACCAUUUUUAGUGACAUCAAUCUCAACAAUCAUGCAAAGUAUGAAGUCAGAUCACAAAGAUAUUCAGUCAUUAUCAUUCAAUAUAUCCAGGAAAAUGUCCGUUUCUAUAGUGUGUAUUGCACUAGUUCCACAGUCAGUCACUAGUUCGUAGUUCAGAUGUUUCCAGUAGGACUACGUGAGACCGAAGCGGUUUCUCCGAGGACUCCCGAGUGUCUUCAGCUGACAGGAGGUCAAAGGUUACAGAAGCAGACAGGGCUGGUUCCUGUAGCGCCCCACUGUGCAGUCAGCUGCAGCUCACAACAGACUACCCUCGCCGCCGCUCCGGACUCACCACAGCUCUCAUGUAAAGACCUCCCAUCUAGUGUCUGUGGAUAUGCUGAUCUGGAAUCAGCUCACAAAUGUCCCCUCAGUCGUUUGCCUUUAUUUGACUGAACAAGGGAAAGAGUCCCCUGACCUGUGCACUACACGUCUAAGGUGACAAGAGUUUUGAAAACCAGUUAGUAUUUUUUUGUAAUUAUUGUUAGGAAUGUAGAAUUCAAGGCUGGAGGUAUUGUAUUUACCGUCUAGUCAUUUGUGUGAAUAUUUUGUGAUAAGAGAAUGAUAUUGUAAAAUGAAGAAUAAUUAUACUAAUCUGAGUAUUAAUUUAUCUGUACAGCUUAGUUCAAAUUGACUGAAUGAGCCCCAAUGAUUUGCUGUUAUUUUCAGUUUUAAUUUAGAUAUUUUCUGGAAGGAUGGAAGCUAACUCUGAGACACCCUUAAAGUGGCUGCAGAUUUCAUGUUUUAUAUUUUAAGAAAUGUCUUAACACAUGGAAAAUAUUUUUUUUAUAGCGUCCUUGAUACUAGCACAUCAGUAACCAUAGCUGACCUACAGUUUAAUCAGUCCACACAUCUGGCGAAUCCUUCAAUGUGCAGAUCAUAGGAUGUGAAAAAUACACUGGGAAAUACAUGUAUUCACGUAGACAACCUCUCCACAGUUUAGAAUGAAGACACUUUUAAGGAUGAUAGUGCGAGGUGUUUAUUUUCUGAGAUAAGAUAUGAAUUAAAUGUUAUUUUUGCACAAAACGAUGCCUCUAAACAUUUACAUUUUAAGUUUUUGAUUUGCAGUUUAUCCUAAGCACAUUUAAUUCAAUUACUUAAUCUCUUUGUAAAGCUUUUUGCUGCACGGCUUCUGUUUUCUGCUCGUCUUUCCACCUCACACAGACUCACUUCCAUGAGCAUGUACAUACAAGUACAAGCUACUGACAGAGGUUGUGUACACUUUAAAUCAUAUCAAGGGUGUAACAUAAACAGUGAGGAUGCACAUUUUUGCAGCGAGAUGUCUCAUUUUGCUAUUUUGAAAGCCUGUCAUUGUGAAGUUGAACGCAGAUCACAGCUGUAAAUGCUGAAAUGAAUGAUGAUGAAACUGUGCUAAUGGAGCGUUGGUAUGUGAUUUCUUUUCUCAGCGAUCAACUUGAGGUUCACUAAAGAUUUACUUUAAUAUAUUGUGUUUGAGAUGAUUUUAUAUUUGAAAAUACAUGUUAUAUUUUGAAUGAUAAUGGAGAGCUCAUCAUAUGUUUAAUCGAUAUCUUUCCAAAUAAUGUGACCUCAGUACUUGAUGUUGACUUGCCUACUGAAGUUGCCCCUGUGAGGGCCUGUACAGUAUCGGACAGCUGUAGCAAUAAUGCAGUACGGUGUAGAUGUAAUGGUUCCUGGCUGUUGUUGCUUCAUCCAGAGCAGUUGUCUGCCUCAUGCAGAAAGGGAAAAAAAAACAACCAAAGUGUAUGUGGAGAGUGUACUGUAGAUUAAAAAAACCUCUUCAUCUGCCUUCCCUUCUCAGAGGGAUUCAAUGUAAAACCCCCUCCCCUUGUUUUGUUCAUAUCAUCUCACCCUUCUCUUAAUUCACUACGGUGUGAUUUAGCUUUAAUUUUUAAUGCUUUUAUUUUCUGUUCUGAUUUCUACCUUCUCAUGGGUGCCAUUACUCUUAUGUUGGUGUUUUCAUUCAACAUGUAUGCAUAAUGAGUCAGAUUAGCGUGCAUGUGUGACACACGCUGUCUUCUCAUUUGAUGCUGCUCAGUUCUAAAACAGGAGUAAACUAAUAAAGAUGGGGAGUCGUUUCUUGCCUUGUCUAAACUGAACCCUGCUUCUCCUCGGACUGCGAGAUAAGGGUGAUGUUAAUAAUCUUAACAGUCACAAAAAUCAUGAGACACAUCACAACAGCGGCCUAGUGCAGGGCGUCAAAGGUCACUGACAUGCCUUGACUACUUUUACUCCCCAAAUACACACAGGUGUAUUCAGGUGUGGAUUCAACUGAGGUUUUGCUUCUUUUUUUUUAAUUGUGUAUUUUCUCCUUUAAUUUAUACUUGUAUAACAUUGUCUUUAAACACAAAGACACAAUAAUGAAAAAAAGAAGAUAAUAAAGAAGAUAAUAAAGUUGUUGUUGACGCUGGA